GUCACGUUUCCUUUCUUUGUGCAGAUUGUGUUUGCCAGAAGCCAAAGUAUCGCCGGAGAUUGGCUGGGACACAGCGAAUGUAGAUGAAGUGCAGUGAGUGGCAGUGACUUUCAUGUUAAGGCCCAAAAUGUCCUGCAGCAGUUUCCUUUUUGAUGGCUAUCACAGUGAAGAGAGCCAUCAGUGAUGGAGAUUUGUUUCCCCUGCAGGGGAUGAGAGAGUCUGGACCCGGCCAGGUUUUGGUUGCUUGCUUUCAUCCCUCUUACCUCUCUGUGAGUGCAGACGGGCCCGCAGCUUUGAGGGGCUGAAUGGCACUAGUCUGUUUCAAGCUCAGCAGAGGCUCCUGACGAGGAAGAAGAAACGGCAUAAAAAUUCUGAGAAACGUCAUCUAAACCACCACUGUACUUGUCACGAUGGCGGCCAACAGAGAGCACCAAGUGCGUCACAUGACGGGUUACCCUCGUGCCAUGUACCCCUUCACCUUUAACUCCAUGCGUAGCCACUCCCCCUUUGACCUGCUGGCCAGUAGUCACCUUUUUGGCCGUUUUGGCGCAGACCUGCCCAAAGAGAUGGCUGCAUUGUCCGUGGAGACCCAGAGCACCAGUUCGGAGGAGAUGGUGCCAAGCUCUCCUUCGCCGCCUCCUCCUCCUCGUGUUUAUAAGCCGUGCUUCGUGUGCCAGGACAAGUCAUCUGGUUAUCACUAUGGAGUGAGCUCCUGUGAGGGCUGCAAGGGUUUUUUCAGGCGCAGCAUUCAAAAGAACAUGGUGUAUACGUGCCACAGAGACAAGAACUGUCAGAUCAACAAAGUUACCCGCAACCGCUGCCAGUACUGUCGGCUGCAGAAGUGCUUUGAGGUCGGCAUGUCCAAAGAAGCGGUGCGUAACGACAGGAACAAAAAGAAGAAGGACGUGAAGGAGGAAGUGGUGCUGCCCGAGAACUACGAACUAAGUGGAGAACUGGAGGAGCUGGUCAACAAAGUCAGCAAAGCUCACCAAGAGACCUUCCCGUCUCUGUGCCAACUAGGAAAAUACACCACAAAUUCAAGUGCUGACCACAGAGUGCAGCUGGACUUGGGCCUAUGGGAUAAGUUCAGUGAGCUCUCCACUAAGUGCAUUAUAAAGAUUGUGGAGUUUGCCAAGCGGCUACCAGGCUUCACUACGCUCACCAUCGCUGACCAGAUCACCCUCCUCAAAUCUGCAUGCCUGGACAUCCUGAUGCUGAGGAUAUGCACUCGCUACACACCAGAGCAGGACACGAUGACCUUCUCAGAUGGCCUGACUCUAAACAGGACCCAGAUGCAUAACGCCGGCUUUGGCCCGCUCACAGACCUGGUGUUUGCCUUUGCCGGUCAGCUGCUGCCUUUGGAGAUGGACGACACCGAGACGGGGCUGCUCAGCGCCAUCUGUCUCAUCUGCGGAGACCGUAUGGACUUGGAAGAGCCGGAGAAGGUGGACAAGCUGCAGGAACCGCUGCUAGAGGCCCUGAAGAUCUACACCCGACGCAGACGCCCGAACAAGCCUCACAUGUUUCCCCGAAUGCUGAUGAAAGUCACAGACCUCAGGGGAAUCAGCACCAAAGGUGCAGAAAGAGCCAUCACGCUAAAGACAGAGAUCCCCGGCCCCAUGCCUCCCCUGAUCAGGGAGAUGCUGGAGAACCCGGACUCCUUCGAGGACAGCAGCGACUCGGGCGACAGCGGCGCAGCUGCUCCCCCUGCCAUUCAAGCCAUCAAGCAAGAGGACAAGGCCACGUACGAGUCAGCCUUCGAGGAAGAAGAGGAGGAGGAAGAGGACGACUAUUGGGACGAGGAGAAAGAGCGAGGGGCAGAAAGCGACGGAGAGGCGUGGGGGGAGGCGGCAGCGAGCGCGCAAAAGAAAGGCGUGACAGGGAAGACGCAGUGAGACAGAGAAAGAGAGACACAAGACGACACCGCUGCCUCGCACGGAUUCGCCGAGCGCCGCCGCCGAGCAACGUCAGCUCGUAGAAACCUCACAGAUUAAAGCUGUUAAAACGGCGUUUCGCACAGCACAUAUCCGUGUAUACUGUACAUACUGACUGAAAGGAAAAUGUGUUCAAUUCAUAGUAGCAAGUGAGGAAUUUGGAGACGCAAAAGCACUACAUUUCAGUGGAUUGAUGAGGGCACAGUUAAAAAAGAAAAUCAGUGCCAGAAUGUUUAAAAGAUAUAUAUAUAUUA